AUGCCCCCGACUUCUUUGUCUAACAGAUCCAAAUCCGUGGGCCGGAAUCGACCCACUGAGACCUCCGCGAGAUGUAUCGCUCGAGAAUCUGCUGAGCUCUCCACCGCCGCUGCGAGUACUACCUCUCGGAGUCUAUCUGUUUCCUUCCAAGGCGAGUCCCUCUCCUACCAGACCAGCAAGGCUAGACUCGUCUCCCCUUCUCCCAUCAGGAAGCCCACACCAGAACGACGAACGUCUAUCGCUCCCUCUUUUAAGUCAGAAAGCUUCAGACCUUCAGAAAAUCACCAUCGUUGGGCCGCUGCAAGGACUCAACAGUGCAUUGCGUUGACAAGGAGCUUGAAUUGCUCUGUCCCUGAUAAUGACUCGGUAUUGGUGCUCGAUGAGGGUGCAAGGAGGGCCUCCUUUGACGGCGGUGAUUUUUCUCUGCCAUUUUACACCGAUAUCUUGUCUUCUGGUGGCAAUUCUGAGCCGUUUGAGCUCAAUGCUCGAUCACCAAGGAUAGCAGCGACAACUUGUGGGAGAGAUGUUCCUGCAAGGUUUUUAUUAGAGGAAGGAGUAAGCUGGCAGUUAUAUCACCAAGAGGCAUUACUUGGUGUUCAACGAGUUUCUAUUGGCCCAGCUAGAAGCUUCUCUGACACAGUUCCAUUUUCUUGCAAUGCUGCAUCAAUGUUUGGCAUGGGUGCUGACAUCAAGAGAGGGACAUAUGUGGAAAGGCAGUUGGAGGAUGCACACCGGUUGAGGCUACUCAAUAACCGACACUUGCAGUGGUGGUGGGUUAAUGCACAAGUGAAGGAUACCUUUCUUAUGCAAAAAUUGACCGCUGAGAAACGCCUUUAUGGUGCAUGGAUAACUAUCGCAAAAAUGCACAAGUCUUUAGCAGUUAAUAAAUUACAACUACAGACUAAAAAACAAUAUCUGAAAUUCAGUUCCAUUCUCAAGGGUCAAGUAAGUAGUUUCCUUUGUACAGUUACAUAUUAUAUGUUGAAUACUGGCAAUUUUGUUUGUUGGUUGUAUGUUCCAUUUUCAUAUAAGUUUCAUUGUUAGUUAGGUCAUAACAUAUUCCACAUAGAUUAUCUCCUUGAACAAAAUGGAAGAAAGAAGAUACAUGAGGAAAGGCAAUAGAAUUUAUUUACACUAAGCUGAAAGUUCCCUUCCAGUUGACUGCAAGUUCCCAGUUCAAUCAAUUGGAGCUCAAAGAGAAAUAUUAUGUUCUCCAAACAGGUGUUAACUCGGGAGUCAACUGAACUCUCUAGUUGACUUAUCUUCUUAGAGAUUCUAACUUCACUCGGUUUACACACUUGUAGGCCAUGCAAAGCUUGAAAUCGAGUUGAACAGCAGACUACAAUCCGUAACUUCUUGUCCAUUUGUUGAAGGUUUCAUACAAAUAACUAGAUAGACCCCCAUGAUGUUGCCCCAAAGUGCAAACCUUAAUAUUACAAUCACUUGUUAUCUCUCACUCUCAUAUAACUUUUAGGUCUUCAACCUUGUCAAUACUUUAUGUUGUCCUUGACUUUACUUACCUUCAGGCUUUCAGUCCUUUUAAAUGCAGUAAGCCCUCUAAUCUUGCUCCAACUUGUUGUCUUUCACGGUUCAUCUACAAAAUCCAUCUCUUGUUGAGUUUCCCUACAGUAUGCCUCACAUCUCCAGUCACUCAAACACUCAAUGUCAUCCUUCUUCAAUCACCUAUGUGCUCACCUCAUUACAGGCUGCCAAACUAUCAAACAAACAAACACUUUAUGCUCCUUGUUCUAGAGUUCACCUCAUCAGAAAUUCGAAUCUAUUGAAUGCUCCAAGUCAUCCUUUGUUAAUCACCUUCAAGUUCACCUUGUUAUGGACCUCCAAGCCAUCAAACACAAUCCAUCCAACUUGACCAUGUCAACCAUAACUACUCCAUCUUGUUGUGUCUCUUGGAAAUUCUUGCUCCCAUUGGACCAUUUGUAUCAAUAUACAUUAGGACAGAGUAUCAUUUCCUAUUUGAUCCCUUUGAAUUCCAUAUUUGACUAUUUGAUCCCUUUGAAUUUCAUAUUCAAAGUUGUGAUCGGAUCUAAGAACUCCAUGUGCACUUUGUCAAGUUCUUGAUCAAUUGAUGCAUAUAUCAAUGCCAUAAGUAAAUCUAACUUAAAGACUUUACAAAACACAUCAAAACAACCUAAUCAAGCCUAGCCAUUUGGGAGAAUCAUUGCACUAACCCAUCUAAGCCCUCUAAAGGCAUUGGACAUGGUCGAGUCAUUCCUUCAAGGCCAAGCCAAUGGAAUAACCUUAGCCUCUGUCCAUGAUUAGUUGGCGUAUUAGUAUAUCAGCAAACUCUCCUGAAUGAACAAUGAUAUGGAGAUGAAGACUAUAUCUUUGAUUCAGUAGCUUUUGCCUUGUCUAGGUUCAUGCCUUAGUGAAAUAUUGUUUCAUCUACCCUCUUUAAGUUAAGAUUAGUUCCUGCUGGGGUCCACCAAAUUAAUACUCUAAUUUUGUUGGAUCCAGUUUUAAAUAAACCCGAUAACUAACACAUCUCAUUGGAGGAAAAAUCCUCUGCAGUGCGCUGGACUCAAACCUUAGAUCCCUUGGUUAUCCAUUGGAAGGUCUAAUCAUUUCACCAUUGCCCCAGGAGUGACAAAAAAAAAAAGUUCUUUCUUCUAUGUAAAGUGGAUAUGAAUCAUAAUGUUUGAUUAUAUCUUGGUGGCUAACUUAUUAUUUAAUUCGUCAUUAUGCCAACAUCAACAUAGCAUAUUGAAGAUCGUUAAUCAAGCCCAUUCAAGCGGAUUCUGAUAACCAGCCUGCUAUUGGUGAGAUUGCUCCAAUUUCAAGACUAUGAUAAACACUUUUAGAUGUCUUUCAACUGUCUCUGCCUAAGACCAAUUCACUAUUUAUAUUUAUUGAAUUGGGUCAUUUUCUGUUUGGAAAGAAAUAUUGCCUUAAAUUUUGUGCAAAUCCUAUGAAACAAUAUUAUGAGUUGUGAUUUAAAGCCUCAGUAGUCCAUCUAACUCUUAAUCUAUUCUGUUAUGCAGAUGAUCUAUCUAGUAAAAUGGUCACUUGUAGAUCAAGAACAUGCAAAUGUUGUCUGGUUCUAUUGAAGCAUUACAACACCAGUACCAUCUGCCUUCCAGUUGUUCAUGGAGCAAAGGCAGAUUUUCAUGAAGUGAGAAACGCCUUCGGUUCAGCAGUUGAUAUGAUGCAAGCAAUGGGAGCUUCAAUCUGUUGUGUGUUGCCUAAGGUAGAAGGAAGAAGUUCCAUGGUCUCUGAACUUGCUGUGAAAGAACCUGCAGUCACACUAAUGCAUGUGAAACAAUGUAGCUUGCUAGGUCACAUAGCACAGCUCAGCAGACCAAGCCUGAUUCAACUAUAGACA